ACACCCUCACAGACACACACACACACUCACACACACUUAACCAAGAAGACUUUUCAACACAAGUCAAAUCCAAUCCUCACAUUUCUGGAUCUGGACACACUUUUGUUUGGCUGCUGGACGAAGGAGGGGGAGGAUGGAUCCGAUCGUGGAAGUGGUAGCUCUGUUCCUGGGGUUCAUUGGGUGGGUGAUGGUGGGGGUCGCCCUGCCCAACCGUUACUGGAGGACCUCCACCGUGGACGGCAACGUCAUCACCACGUCCACCAUCUAUGAAAACCUGUGGAUGUCAUGUGCAUCGGAUUCAACCGGGGUUCACAACUGCAGGGAGUUCCCUUCACUACUCGCUUUAAAUGGUUACAUCCAGGCGUCUCGAGCCUUGAUGAUCGCGGCCAUAGCGUUUGGCUCCAUUGGACUGUUGUUGGCGCUGGUUGGAGUACAGUGUUCGAAGGCAGGAGGGGAGAACCAAAUCCUCAAGGGGAGGAUUGCUGGCACUGCAGGGAUCUUGUUCAUACUCCAAGGUUUGUGCACGAUGGUCUCAGUGUCCUGGUAUGCCUUCAAUAUCACUCAGGAAUUCUUCGACCCGUUCUAUCCUGGGACGAGGUAUGAAAUAGGAGAGGGGCUUUACAUCGGCUGGUGCUCGGCUGUGCUCUCCAUGGCAGGAGGGGCUUGUCUGACCUGCUCCUGCAAACUGGGCAAGGAGGAGCAAUACCCUUUGCCCUAUCAAACCAGAGGAACUGUAUAUUCUGGAGUUGCUCCUACCAGAAGUGUGGCUGCCAGUACUUAUGGCCGAAAUGCUUACGUUUGAGCCGACUGUGAAAACAAAACUAUAUCGAUCAAAUCUCCUUUAAAUGACAGGGAAUUUUCUGUUGAUGCACCUGACAUGUCCAAGUGUUCCUUCUCUACUUUCUUUCUUUGUCCGUAACUGGAAGGAAAAGCUGAGCGUCCAUGCAUCCAAACACAGCACCACUGAACUGUAAAUAACCACAAUAACAAGUGUGUGUUCUGUAAAAUGGAAUCAUAGCGUCGAUGUUGUAAAAGUUGUACAAAGCUCUUAUCACUGUUUUAAUGCACAUACACACCAAAUGUUUCCAGUGAUUUUAUUUAUGUUCCUGUUUGAGUUUAUUCAGAAGGAGUUCAAUCAUGUGAUUAUCAACGUACACACUUUCAGACAUCUGUAAGGGGAAGGUCAACGGUGUGAUGAUUCAGAUUUCUGUCUCCCUGGUGUUUUAUACAGUUUUUUGUCUAGAUAUUAUCUGUGUAAGAAGGUAGAGGACACGUUGUCUUUGUUUGGAUGAUAUUUUUUUUACGAUU